AUGUCAGACAAUAAUAAACUUAAAGAAAGGCUUGGAUUUUUAUCUCUUUAUAGCUAUAUUGUUGGUUUGACACUUUUGACAGAAUCAACUAGAUUAUUUGAUAUAGCAGCACAUCUUCAGCUUCCAAUUCUUGGAUUUGGUACUGAUAGGGCAUCUGCAGAAUUUAAUGUGCAAAACCAACUUAUGCAAGUAGAAACAUGUAAAAGAUUAAUUUUUAAAGAUAAACUUUACA